AACUUUCUAGCAAUACACACCAAACUGAGCAUGUGCAGCUUGCCUCCAAGGCUCUGUUCUAUCAGCACAUGGCUUGGGGACUGUGGAAGAAGGGGAGGAUCAGAGAAGACAGGAUCAAACAGCCUUUUUACACAAUGUGGAGGAUUAACCCCUUAGGUUCAACAGUGAGUAUAACAAGCAUGUUUUACUGCCAGGGGCGGACUGACCAUUUGGAAACUCGGGCACUGCCCGAGGGCCCGGGGUCAGUAGGGGACCCCGUGAGAUGCCCCUGGUACCUU